UCACUGAUAUUCGCUGCGCAUCGCGAACUCGCAGUCUCGCUAUCCGUCGAACGCUCGUUCGCUCGCUCCGCGAAUAAUCUGACGCCGAGUAAGCAACAGCGCGACCAGCAGUGCCGGACCCACCGCCGACAUACAGUGCAACGUCAUCCCUGCCCCAACCCUCAACCAGAUGGCGUGCGAGAUGAACGUGGAGGAUGUCAGCCAGACCGGGCCCACCGCACGACAGCAGGAAAAGGAGGCCCGCCUUGCAGAAGCGCCAGGGGUGACUCGGCUGGUCAAGGUGUGGUGCCACGAGGACCCUGCCUGGAGCCUCCAGCUGCUGAGGUGCGCCGCGCCCUCGCUGGAGCUGCUCAGUGUGUAUUUCGCCCUCGAGGACCAUCUGCGGGAGGUGCACGACGCCAUGCCGCGGCUGAGGAGGCUGGAGCUGUCGGGUGGUUAUGCCCUGCUGCACGCCCAGCCCCCCGAGCUGCCCACGCUCCCGCCGGGACGCGACGGCCUGCAGUGGCUCAGCGUGGGGACCCUUCCCCGCGCCACGACGCAGUCCCUGCUGAAAGCGCACGCCGGUACGCUGGAGGAGCUGCAACUGUACGUGGGCACGCCGGGGAUCAAGGAGUGGCCAGACACCUGCGGCGACCUGCACUCGCUGCUGCAGCAGAGCGGGCUGCAGGCCCUCAGAAGGCUCGUGCUGCGGAGGUGGGGCUGCAGCCACAAGCCAGUCACCUGCAGCGAGCAGCGCGCCGAGGUGCGGCGGGUGCUGCCCGGGGCCGAGGUGCUGUGCAGCGAGUGUGACCCUGUGGAGCUAGCAGAGGUCUAGCGUCUAGCGCGAAGUGGUAUGCACAUUACUCACUGGGGUGGCGGCCGAGGAAACAAUAUUCUAUAUGUAACGUUGCAGUUUCAAUGAUGAACAAGUUGCAAGGUGUACCAAAUGAAUUUGCUACAAAAUUAAUCUGCUCGUUCUUUACUAUAUUUGUUUUGUGUUUGGGAGUUUUGUGCAUGUAGCGCCUGCAAAACAGUAGGUAGGCAAUCCCGCUAUGCAGCCAUGUGCCAUUGGCGCUGGUACGCUAUAAUGUGAGGGGCUCUGCUAAUAUGUUAAAGCUUAGCGAGUCCAAUAGACAAUAGGAUUCUACUUUUGCUUUUGCUUAACAUAAAUAUGAAUAAAUAACCGUUUAUUUUUUUAAAGACCAGCAUCUAUUUGAGUGGUUUUGGAUAAUCAAAACAACCAAAAGUAAACGGAACAACUAGAACUUUUAAAUACACAUAUAUUAUGAUCGAUAAUUGUUAUGUUAAAUGAAGAAUGUCAACUUAAACAUUGGUAGUACAUAUUAAUCCAUUCCAGCUAUGUCGAAGAGAUUCUGUGGUCACAAGUUGGUUGAUCAGAUAAAGUGCAAUCCCCAUAGCUUAAAAACUAAAAGUCCACGUGUCACAAAACUUUUGGAAUAAAUCAGAGUUGGCAUGAGCUA